AUGAGGCGCCUGACUCGCCGCCUGGCACUGCCACUCUUCGGGGUGCUCUGGAUCACGGUGCUGCUGUUCUUCUGGGUCACCAAGAGGAAGUUGGAGGCGCCACCGGGAGCUGAAGUGCAGACCCCCAAGCCUUCUGAUGAUGACUGGGAUGAUCCGUGGGACCAAUUUGACGAGCGGCUGUACCUGAAUGCCAAAAAGUGGCGCAUUGGUGACGACCCCUAUAAGCUGCAUGCCUUCAACCAGCGGGAGAGCGAGCGGAUACCUAGCAACCGGGUUGUCCCGGACACUCGCCAUCAGAGAUGCAGACUGCUAAUGUAUUGCAAGGAUCUUCCACCCACCAGCAUCAUCAUCACCUUCCACAAUGAGGCCCGCUCCACACUGCUCAGAACCAUCCGCAGCAUAUUGAACCGCACCCCUCUGCACCUGAUCCAGGAGAUCAUUCUCGUGGAUGACUUCAGCAAUGACCCUGAGGACUGCAGCCAGCUGGUCAAGUUGCCCAAGGUGAAAUGCUUACGCAACAAUGAGAGGCAAGGUCUAGUCCGGUCCCGGAUUCGGGGUGCUGAUAUCGCCCAGGGGACUACCCUAACUUUCCUGGACAGCCACUGUGAGGUGAACAGGGACUGGCUGCAGCCCCUGUUGCACAGGAUCAAGGAGGACUACACACGUGUCGUAUGCCCCGUGAUCGACAUCAUCAACCUGGAUACCUUCAACUACAUCGAGUCGGCCUCGGAGCUCCGAGGGGGGUUUGACUGGAGCCUCCACUUCCAAUGGGAGCAGCUCUCCCCAGAGCAGAAGGCUCGGCGCCUGGACCCUACCGAGCCCAUUCGGACCCCAGUCAUAGCUGGAGGGCUCUUCGUGAUCGACAAAGCCUGGUUCGAUUACCUGGGGAAAUAUGAUGUAGACAUGGACAUCUGGGGUGGAGAGAACUUCGAAAUCUCCUUCCGAGUGUGGAUGUGCAGGGGCAGCCUGGAGAUCAUCCCGUGCAGCCGAGUGGGGCACGUCUUCCGGAAGAAGCACCCAUACGUUUUCCCUAAUGGCAACACCAACACAUACAUAAAAAACACCAAGCGGACGGCAGAAGUGUGGAUGGAUGAGUACAAACAAUACUAUUAUGCUGCCCGGCCCUUCGCCCUGGAGAGGCCCUUUGGCAGCAUUCAGAACCGAGUGUUGCUGAGGAACAGCCUGCAGUGCCAGAACUUCAAGUGGUACUUGGAGAAUGUCUACCCAGAGCUCAGGAUCCCCAACGAUUCCUCCAUCCAAAAGGGCAGCAUCCGACAGAGGCAGAGGUGCCUGGAAUCACAGAGGCCCAGCAACCAAGAGAACCCAAAUCUGAAGCUGAGUCCCUGCAGCAAGUCCACCGGCGAGAAAGCCAAGUCCCAGAUAUGGGCCUUCACCUACACACAGCAGAUCAUCCAGGAGGAGCUGUGCCUGUCGGUAGUCACUUUGUUCCCUGGCGCCCCAGUGGUCCUUGUCCUUUGCAAGAACGGAGAUGACAAGCAGCAAUGGACCAAGACAGGUUCCCACAUCGAGCACAUAGCAUCCCACCUCUGCCUCGACACAGAUAUGUUUGGUGACAGCACUGAGGCCGGCAUAGACGUUGUCGUCAAUCCAUGUGAGUCCUCACUCAUGAGCCAACACUGGGACAUGAUGAGCUCUUGAACUUCCUUUCCCAGGCCAAUAUGGGCUCUGGAGUUGGUACUUCCCUAGGCCAGAACAGACUGGAAAAACAGGCUGCGGGCAGCCCAUGACUGCUGCACACACCCUGGACUGGGAGGCAGAGGCAGAGCCUCUCAGGACAGGUGCACUGUCUCAGGGAGGAUGGAGGAAACGCUUGAAGGCCAGCAUGGCUCAGCGACCAAUCCUACAUGUUCUGGAGGGCAUGAUGUUCCUGGCCCGGUGUUCCUCUGCCUGGCCCCUGGAGACGGAUGCAAUGGGAAGUGUUUGCUGCUUCUUUUCUUCCAAAAAAGAAAAAGCCUUCCCUGUCAUCAGGCCAGGACUAGA